UUCAGAUAGCCCUAACACUAUUCGACUAAACCUCCCUUUCCUCCUCUUCGUUCUCCGCCUCCGACCAAAACCAUCCUCCUCUUUGUUCUCCGCCUCCAACCAAUACCCUCAUCUUCGUUCUCUCUCUAAAACCCGCUCCGUCUCUCUCUGGAAUUGACGAAGAUGAAGUCUAUGCAGCCGCACGACAAUUUCUUAUGAGAGACAAUGGAGCCUCCCCAGUAGCCAAACCUUAGCUCCAGCAAGCCUCCAAGGAGAAAAGCGCCUCCGCCUUCAGAUCUAACUAGACCGCCUUGGAUUCAAAGCCUUCGCCGGCGGCCAAGUUGAAGAGUACGCUGCGACCACGGCCGCCGCCGUCAAAUCCUCUCAAACGGAAGCUUGGGAUGAUUCCUAAGAACUCCGUCCAUGGAGCCUUUGAUUCCAGUGUCCAGGUACUACUCUAUUUCUUGACUGACCUAAAUCUCUUCGUCGGAAACCUUCCCUUCACUGUUGAUAGUGCUCAGCUAGUUGAGCUCUUCAAAGGUGCUGGGAAUGUUGAGAUGGUCGAGGUUAUGCAUGACAAGACUACUGGGAGAAGCAGAGGAUUUGGGUUUGUGUCUCACCAUUUGGGAUCACAAAAUUUCGGUUGUGUUGGGUGACUUUGUGAUUUCUGUUGAGAUGGCGGCGAGGGAAGCAGAGCAAAGAGGCCACACACUUCUUG